CUAUGAUACAAACAUCACAGUAUCCAUGAUGAACAGAGCAGGUCACCCUGGGCUUCAGCCUUCAGAGAGAGUGGUGGGAGACCCCCCUGGUGGGAGUCUUUCAGGAAGUCUGUCUUCUUCUUCAGGGUCUUGUCUAAUGCCUGGUGACUGGGUUCAUAGGACGUCUGGGUCUACCCUUCCUCAGUUACCUCAGGUUUACCCCACAAAUACAGACAUGGUCAGGAUGGGCGUUCACCACAAGAGGUACCUAGCCUAUAACACAGCACACAACCAUAACAACACCCAAUUAAUGGCUAGAGGUCAAGGAGGGAGCUCAAAGACUAACGACCUGAGUGUGGUGGCUCCUGCUUCUACCUCCUCGGCGUCACAACGUGGGAAGCGAUGCAUUAGGACAGACGCCGACAAGCCGUACGCCUGCCCCACAUGUGGGAAGCGCUUCUCUGAGGCGAGCUAUGUGAAGCAACACCAGACCGUUCACACCAAGGAGAGGCCCUUCAAGUGCAAGCUGUGUUACAAGAGCUUCUCCUUCCUGAGUAACCUUAUCAGACAUAGGGGUGUUCACACAGGGGAGGAACCCUUCAGCUGUACCCAGUGUCACAUGCACUUCGCCCAUGCUGGUAACCUGAAGAGGCACCAGAGGGUCCACACAGGGGAGAAAUCCUCCAGCUGACCCCAUUGUGAGAAGAGAUUCUCCAGCCAGCAACAGCUGAAGAUGCACCUGACGGUCCACAUAGGAGAGAGGCCUUUCGCCUGUACGCACUGCAGGAAGAGGUUCUCAGAAAGGAGCUACCUCAGGAUACACCAAUAGAAAACCAUUCCACUCUAUAACAUAGAAAGUAGCCAUACCACUCAAACCCUGCAUUAAAGACAAACAUGAAUUGUCAUUUUUGUCAGCAGAUGCAUUUGGAAUAACGAGAGUAACCAUGUUGAAUAUUCCUGGCACGAAUAUUGUAUCCAGACAUUGUGUGAUAUAUAAGCCUAAAAAGUGUUCAUAUUGUGUUUGUACUGUGUAGGCUAUAUGAUGUUCACAAAUGCCAUUCAACUACUUAAUUUCUGUCCCAAGACACUUUUAAUGAGAAAUUUAAUGUCGUUUAUCAUACAGAUUUGUAGUUGAGACAGGUGUAUUUAACACUUGUUUAUGUUUAAUAAACACGAAAUGUGAC